AUGGCAAAAGCGUUCGAUUUGAAUGUGUACAAGGACGAUGACGAUGAGCCUGGUAAAGAGGACGAGGAGCCAAACUGGGAGAACGAAUCGAUUUCGACAGUAAUCAGGCGAAUGAGCCGGACAAAUAAGUGGACAUCGAGAAAAGAAGAUGGUGACGCAGAAAAGCAUGCAGUGCCUCUCCAAAGAGCGACUUCACUUCCGGGGGACGAUUACGAGUUACUGCUGGCAUACACGGAACGGGCACGAAAAUUUCAAGCAAGCGGUGCAACAAAUCCUGGGGCUGUUUCUCCAGGAGCAUGGUUACACCAAACUAUGUGGAACUCAGAAAAUUCAUCAGCUGUAUUUCGGAAACCACAGCUGACCACUUCAACGGUUCGGACUCCCAGUCCUCAUCAUCACUACGUACCCACACUUGGGCAAAAUUUCAAUAAGCCGCUAUCGGAAGACAGUGAAAAGAGUCGUAACUGGACAUCGCCAGCUCCGAGAACUGCUGGAUUCAAGUCAACAGAUGCAAGGCCUGUUUCAAAUGCAUUUUAA